AUUGAGUAUGGUGCCACGAAAGCAAAAUCCUAAAGGGCCAAUAGCAAUCUAUCCUCUUAUCCAUAUCAAACCCAAAAAAAAACCAGUAGUAGACAAACACAUUCAUCUAAAAUCUCAACAAAUUCCUGAAUAAUCUAACCAUGGCUGGAUUGAUUGGAACUUCUACUUCUGCAACCGCUUUACUCACCUCUCCAUCAAUCUCUUCUUCUUCUUCAUCAAGGGCUUCGAUUCGUGCUCUGUCUUUUAAUCCAGGGCAGAGUCAAGGAAGAAGGUUCUAUGGAGGAAUUGGAGUGCCAGUUAAGAAAGGAAGGUCUCAUUUUUCAGUCUCAAAUGUUGCCACUGAAAUCAGCCCACCCCAACAACAGGCUCAAAAGCUGUCAAAGGAAAGCCAGCGGCCCGUAUAUCCAUUCGCUGCAAUAGUCGGGCAAGACGAGAUGAAACUAUGCCUUCUGUUAAACGUCAUUGAUCCAAAAAUCGGCGGUGUCAUGAUCAUGGGAGACAGAGGAACGGGCAAAUCAACCACCGUUCGAUCACUGGUCGACUUGCUCCCAGAGAUCACAGUAGUUGCAGCUGACCCGUUCAACUCAGACCCCGAAGAUCCAGAAUCAAUGGGGGUGGAAGUAAGAGAGAAGUUACUAAAAGGCGAACAACUUCCGACCAUAAAGACCAAAAUCAACAUGGUUGACCUUCCGUUAGGAGCCACGGAAGACCGUGUAUGUGGAACAAUCGACAUUGAGAAAGCGCUUACUGAGGGAGUCAAAGCGUUUGAACCCGGGCUUCUUGCGAAAGCGAAUAGAGGGAUAUUGUAUGUCGACGAAGUUAAUCUAUUAGAUGAUCAUUUAGUUGAUGUUCUUCUUGAUUCAGCUGCAUCGGGUUGGAACACGGUUGAAAGAGAAGGUAUUUCGAUAUCACACCCGGCCCGUUUCAUUCUUAUCGGGUCAGGAAACCCGGAAGAAGGUGAACUCAGGCCGCAGUUGCUCGAUAGAUUCGGGAUGCAUGCUCAAGUGGGUACGGUUCGGGACGCUGAACUUCGGGUCAAAAUCGUGGAGGAACGAGCCCGUUUUGAUAAAAACCCGAAAGAGUUUCGUGACACUUAUAAAGCGGAUCAAGAAAAACUUCAAGAACAAAUCUCAUCAGCCCGGAGUCGGCUUUCUUCUGUGCAAAUUGACCAUGAACUUCGGGUCAAGAUCUCGAAAGUUUGUGCUGAAUUGAAUGUGGAUGGAUUGAGAGGCGAUAUUGUGACGAAUCGGGCUGCGAAAGCGUUGGCUGCAUUGAAGGGGAGAGAUCAAGUGACAGCUGAAGAUAUUGCUGUUGUGAUUCCAAAUUGUUUGAGACACAGAUUACGGAAGGAUCCUUUGGAGUCAAUCGAUUCAGGUGUACUUGUUAUCGAGAAAUUCUCCGAGGUUUUUAGUUGAACGAAGUAAAUGUGGCCCGUGUUUGUGUUUACAUGUGACUUAAGGUCUAUAGUAUGAUACUGUUGACAAAUGUAGAUUGGUUUGAUAAGAGUUGUUUGUUGGUUCGAUAUGCAAUGAUGUAUGUUUUGUUCGAAGUCAA